AUGUCUACCCCAAACCCAUUUCUUCUUGCAGCCGAUAACAACCCCGCGUUGCUGCCCCUCCUCCGAGAGAACCCAGCACUCGCAUCGUCACAGGAUGAGCAUGGUUAUUCACUCGUCCACGCCGCUGCCAGCUACAAUCAUCUCGAUCUCCUGCGAGCGCUAGUUCGCGAGUUCAAUGUCGACGUCGACCUGAAAGAUGAAGACAACGAGACUGCCUUGUUUGUUGUCGAGACCCAAGAUGCUGCUCAGGUCCUCGUCGAAGAGCUCGGAGCAAACAUCAACCACCGGGGAUCAGAAGGUUUAACAGCUAGGGAAAAGAUUGAAGCGGAAGCUGAAUUUCCUGCUGUUGCGGAAUACCUAGCCAUGGUCCAAUCCAAGAAGGCCGAUGAUCCUGCCUCGACAGCAGCGGCUGUCAUGCCUGAAGUUAUCCCUCCCCCUCCAGAGGGAAUGAAGGUUACUGUUGGCACUAUGGACGAGACCACAGACAUUCCCGAGGAAAUAGACCCAGAGUUCCGUAGAAGAAUCGAGGAACUGGCUCAACGUGACGAUUUCAACACCCCUCAAGGUCAAGCUGAGCUGCGGAAGUUGGUUGAGGACGCUGUCCUUGGUGAGGGUGGUGUCGGGGAUGAACGCAACGUACGAUCGAAGCAAGAUUAA